CUAAGCAGCGAUUUAAUAUUAUUAGUUAUUAUUAAGAUUCAAUAAAAUUAAUUUUAGGUAUCAUAACUUUAUUGAUAUGUAGAAAGAAGAUACGUGUUUAUUGUAUAGUAUAUGCAAUCAGCUGUGAUGAUCUAUGUGUACGAUCUCAAAAUUAAGGACGAUAUUAUUAUCUCUGCAGAUUGAAGUUAAAUAAUUUAAUCUGUAAUUUUACAAAGUAAAAGAGCAAAUUUAAUUAGUAGAGGAGACUAAUAUCGUUUAGUCAAUAUGAAUAAAUAUGUGAACUUGGCAAAUGUAGGCACUAAUUAUGCCAUACGCAUGAAUCGUUUGAGUAACCGAAUCUUUGGUGAAGUAGUCAGGACGACUAACCAGAAAUCGAUGAAAGUUGUGAAGCUAUUCAGUGAGAAACCGGUGAACAAACGACCGGAGAUCGUAGAAUAUUAUCCGAGAUACAAAGAGACGGAAAAGCUGAUGACAUACUUGCGUGAUUACGGUCUCUUCAGGGAUGAACAUAAAGAUUUUAAAGAGGAAUACCAGCGUUUGCGAGAACUUCGUGGUAAAGUCAAAUGGAUACCACCUCCUUUUAGAAACAAAUCCAAGGAUUCAAACAAUACAUCCUAGGAUUCAUCUAUAUUUGAAUUUGAAUAAGUAUGAUAAAUUUAAAGAAUAUAUUUUAAUUUGUAAAUAACAAAUAUACUAUAAAUCAUGCAGCUUAAUGGAAUUAAGUAUUCUCCCUUUUCAUGAUACAUGAUUUUUUUUCACUUCUAAAAAUGAUAUCUCCACAUACUUUUUCUAAAUGAUAGAUUUGUUAGAUUAGAUUAAUAUUAACAUUACAAAUGUUACAAACUUUUUAACAUAUUUUAAUACAGAUUAACAUAUGAACUUAUGAUACUUUUAUUCUAAACACAAACGAAUCUUAUAUAUAAAAUAAGUUUUAUUA